AUGCUUUUGCUUACAAUUUUUGUGGUGACUCUUCCUUCUGUCACUAUUGCUCAAUAUGGAAAUUGUGUUGCUAGAAAUGGUCGCAGUGGAGAAUGUAUCAGUACUAGUCGAUGUUCAUCUCUCGGUGGAACAUCGGAUCCUGCUAAUCUUUGUCCAGGUGAUCAAACUAUUCAGUGUUGUACCUAUCGUGAUUGUAAAAAUAGUCAAGGAGUUGCUGGUAGUUGUCAACCUACUGCCACAUGUGCAGGAAAAUCUGAUCCUGCUAAUCUUUGUCCA